AGGCACCGGCCGGCGAAGGACGCGUGUCGCGUGGCUCUGCUGGUGGAUGUGGAUGUGUGGCGCGCUCUGCCGCUGAAUGAGGACGGUGUGAGAGAUCCUGCGCUCUCCUGCACAUCACACCGGAAUCUCGCCGCAACUCGACACGAGCGCCUCCGCGAGAGCUCCUCACACCAGAAACCAUGUCGGUGCCCCGGAUGCAUGAGGCAGCAUCCCCUCUCCAGAUAUGCAGGAUCAUGCGUCCAGAUGACGCCAACAUCGUGGGCAACGUGCACGGCGGCAUCAUCCUCAAGAUGAUCGAGGAGGCUGGAUGUAUCGUCAGUACGCGACACUGCAACACUCAGGAGGGGGACCGCUGCUUGGCCGUCCUGGCUCGGGUGGAGAAGACGGAGUUCUUGUCGCCCAUGUUCAUCGGCGAGGUGGCUCACGUCACGGCGGACAUCACCUACACCUCCACACACUCCCUGGAGGUCCAGGUCAAAGUGGUGGCGGAGAACAUCCUCACAGGGGCCAAGAAGCUGUCCAACAAGGCGGCGCUGUGGUACGUCCCCUGCUCCCUGAAGAAUGUCGACAAGAUCAUGGAGGUGCCGCCCAUCAAGUAUGCCAGCGCCGAGCAAGAGGAGGAGGGAAGGAAACGCUACGACGCGCAGAAGCUGGAGAGACUGGAGACCAAAGCGAGGAUUGAAGAGGUGGUUCCACCUCAGCCCAACUCCGAGGAUUCUCCAAAAGAGCAGCACACAGUUGGCUUCAGCCAGUCCAGUCUGAUCCACCUGGUGGGGCCUUCAGACUGCACCCUGCACGACUACGUCCACGGAGGAGUCACCAUGAAGCUGAUGGACGAGGUGGCCGGCAUCGUGGCAGCCCGGCACUGCAACACCAACAUCGUCACGGCUUCAGUGGACGCCAUCAACUUCCACCGCAAGAUCAAAAAGGGUUGCGUGCUGACGGUGACGGGCCGGCUCACAUUUGUCAGCAACAAGUCGAUGGAAAUUGAAGUGAUCGUGGAUGCUACCUCGCUUGUGGAGGCAGAGAAGGGGAAGUACCGCGCCGUCUCAGCUUUCUUCACCUUCAUCUCCCUGGACAAGGGCAAUAAGCCUCUUCCUGUCCCGGUUCUUAAGAUUGAAGGAGAGGACGAGCAGAGACGUUUCGAAGAGGGCAACGCACGCUACCUCCAGAGGAAAGCGAAGAGAAUGGCAGCUCAGGGGCGCCCGCAGUGACGCCUGCUUUCAGCACCUGCAGCUACGGCAUAUAAUCCCCGCGUAUCGUAUACAGUGUGAAGGAUGGAAUCUCCUCCUUUCUGCUCAGUGAUUGUAGCUUCCUAAAACUAGACCUGUGAUCUUUUUUUUUUUCCUGUGCUGCACACCAAAGUGUCCACUUAUGGUUGUACAUGUAUUUAACAGUAAAAGAAAAUUACAUACAGUAUUUAAUGUUUGAAAUAUUUUUCUUGUUCUGAUGAUCAUUAGAAUAUGGGGCUGUUAAAGCAGCAGUAUAUGUGUGUGAAUGUUAAAAGUUGUGUGUGUGUUUGUGCUUACUCUCAUACAUACACAGAUUUGCAUAUCAAAUUUAGAUUGUGUGCAAGAAUUGGUUUGCAUUUGCAUAAAAUAAAAGUUAGGAGAAGCAGUUAAAGUGAGCUGGUUCCGAUCCCAUCGCUAGUUUUAGAAAUCUAAAACUCUCUGACCAAACCAAAAAACUCACAAAUAGCUGGGUGCCGAAUAACAUACCAUUAAUUUUCUGGUUUCUUGAAUGUGUUUCUAUUUGUCUUGACUAGAUUAACGUAUAAAGUGCAAUGCGAUUCCCAACAUUCUGAAAAGGCUGGCAGUGUUUUUGUGGUAUUUGAAGAGGAGGCGCUGCUGUUAUAAUGAGGAGUCAUUUCCUCAGCUGCUUCCCCACAACCUUUGUUUGUGGACUUUAUUGUAAGAUAUUUUCUGUUGUUCAUCACAUUUUGACUUCAUGACCAAUCUUCUCCUAGAUUGUGUGUGUGGUUUUUGCUUUGUGAUGAUCAUGUUUGCUGUAACGCUUCUUCUGAUUAGCUUUUGGUUGCAGCUCAUUUUUACGUAAACAGGGUCUAAAAUGCUCAAACCUCUCAUUUAGGUGUGGUUGUUUCCAAAUGUUUUCACUCAGUCUUAGUGCUUCACCUACAAACUGAAAGUGCAAUCUGUUUUCCAGAACAUGCAGUUUAGCGUGCGUUAUGUGGGAUCGUAUUGAAUCUUAUUAAAUCAGGUCUGUCAGUGUUCUGAAAGCAAGGGAGACACAGUAAGAGUAGCAAAAUAGACUACGAGGGACCCAAAUCCAAUCUGGUGAGGUGUUCGUCUAAGGUAUACAGGAGGUGACGAAAUCCUUGUGGGCACACACAAAUUCUAUUAUGCAGGUACAAAUCUAAUUACACACUCUCUAAUUUUGAUGCACACGUGCAAAUCUGCAUGCACACAAACACAUAUAAAAUCAAGUUACAUCUCGGCACACACACAAGUCACUUUGCGACUAUAAUAGCCUCAUAUGUAAAAUUAACAGUGUGACUGUGUAUAAAAGAAAAAUACUAUUUUGUUCACAGAAGAUUUUUUUUUCACUAUGAAGACUUUAUGAUCUUGUCAGAGAAAAGUGACAGUCUGAGCAAACUGGAAAUGAUGAUUAACCGAGUGAGUAAUGAUGAAUAAAAGAUCCAAGCGUGA